AUGGAUUAUCAGAUCCAAAAUCUCUUUUUUAUUUUAAUACCAUACGAAAAUAAAAUGUCUCAAAAAAACAAUAAUGAAGAAUUUGAAUUUAAUCAUCGUUCAAAACGAACUCGUUAUAUUAAUAUUACGGAUGAAGAGGAAGAGCCUGAAGAAAUACUUGAUAAUGAGGAAAUCGAAUUAGAAAACCAUCAAGAAGGAGGGUCUCAGCUUGAAAAUAAAGAUGAUACUUCAAGUGCCUUAAGUACAUUAGACGAAAAGGAUGAAAAAGGAAGCUUAGUAUGGAAACAUUUUGACAGAUUUGUAGAUAAUAAAGGUACUUCAUGGGCAAAAUGUCGAUAUUGUGGUUAA